AUGGCCACUUCAUUACAGGAGGAAACUCUCAUAGUGGCAAAUGAUUAUAUGGACCUUUGCAUUGGAAUGAAGGCACCUCCAAGCGAAGCAGCAAAAGCCAUGCGAUACCUGGGAAAGGAUGUGGAGAAAAUCUACGGGUUCAGACUGCGCCCUCUUGUACAGUUAUUCUUGGACAGCAGUGGAUGUAACACCAAACUCAGGAGUGUGAUGCUGGAGGUGGUUGGAAGGGAAGGGAUGAGCUGGGGCCAAAUUGUUAGCCUCUUUUCCUUCACGGGAAUACUGACCGUUCAGUUGUCUACUGGCGAAGAUGAUGUUGCCUGCAGUAGACGGCUGGCGGAACUUUUGACAGAAGUACUUCUGACGGAAAAAGAAGAAUGGAUGGUCCAAAAUGGAGGCUGGAGCGGGUUCAUUGACUACGUGCACAAAAUUAGACCAGAAUAUCCAGUCUCACCCAUGAAGACAGCUUUGCUCGUAGCUGCAAAUCUAGCAAUCGCAGGGAUUGCCGUUCUCCUUGUACGUUAG